GUCAGGCAGACAAAACAAGAAGGCCGGCGAGGAGGAGAAGUCCAUGGAGAACGGAGUGGCUCAGGAGCUGGGGGCUGCAGAGGCCUCACCUGAGGUGGGGAGAAAGGACAGUGGCCCCGCUGCCCACUCUCACGGCUCGCAGCCACCCCCACGGGUGCGGCCCAGGCUGGUAUUCCACACACAGCUGGCCCAUGGCAGCCCCACAGGGAAGAUUGAGGGAUUCACCAAUGUGAAGGAGCUGUAUGCCAAAAUCGCCGAGGUCUUCAGCAUCUCUCCAACUGAGAUCCUGUUUUGCACACUCAACACCCACAAAGUGGACAUGCAGAAGCUGCUGGGGGGGCAGAUCGGCCUGGAGGACUUCAUCUUCGCACACGUCCGGGGCGAGACCAAGGAAGUGGAGGUGAUGAAGACGGAGGAUGCUCUGGGGCUGACCAUCACGGACAAUGGGGCAGGCUAUGCCUUCAUCAAGAGGAUAAAAGAAGGGAGCAUCAUCAACCGCAUCAAGACCGUGUGUGUGGGCGACAGCAUCGAGGCCAUCAACGACCAGACCAUUGUGGGCUGCCGCCAUUACGAAGUUGCCAAGAUGCUGAGGGAGCUGCCCAGGUCCCAGACCUUCACCCUCAGGCUGGUGCAGCCCAAAAAGGCAUUUGAUAUGAUUGGUCAGAGGACGAAGAGCAGCAAGUGCCCAGGCGAAGGCAGGGUGACCAGUGGGAAGGAAACGCUGCGACUCCGCACAAAGGGCACUGCCACCCUGGAGGAGCUGCCCAGCGAGUUCGAGGAGGAGGCUGCCCAGAAGGUGGACGACCUGCUGGAGAGCUACAUGGGUAUCCGGGACUCAGAUCUGGCUUCGACCAUGGUGGAGACGGCGAAGGAGCGACCGAGCCCUGAGGAAUUUGCCAAGGGCUUGGACUCGGUGCUGGGCGAGUUUGCCUUCCCUGACGACUUCGUGGCUGAGGUCUGGGCGGCCAUCAGUGAAGCCAAGGCGGGCAGGAAGUAGCAUGGUGCUGUGAGCACUUGUCCUGCGUCUCCCCGCCUUCCCCAAUGCCGUUGGGUCUUCCUCCCCCAGCUCCCAUCCCUGAUGUGUCUCCCCUGUCUUCCACUCUAAGCAGGGGGGCAGGGGCUCAGCUCAUGAGGUUUCCCUCUGGGCAGCCUUCGGCCUGUGCCCUGGACCCCAGGGGCCUGUUCCCUGCAGAGCUCAGGCUGUGGUGCAUGCUGUCAUUGCUCAGCAGCCAGGGGCCCUGCACAGUCUGGGCCCCCUCCUGCACCCAGGGAGCCAGUGGGCAUCAUGUUCUGAAAGGAUAAUGUGGAGCCACGGUGGUGUCACUGCCUCCCUCUUCCCCAUGUAUUCCUGCAGCUGGGCUAGGGUCUCCACAGGGUGGUCAGGUAGAAGCCCACCAGGGCCAGCAGUGGGGGGGCUGUCAUGGGGAUGGGCAUGGGGCUCACCCUUGCCCUCAGGACUCCUCCCCAGAGCCAGUGAGGGAGAAGAAGAGCUCACACUGUGCGGGCUCAGGAGCUGGCUGAAGCAGGACCAUCGCUGCAUGGCCCCUUUGCUGCAGGCGGUUGCAUGACUCUGUCAUUGCACGAAUCCCUUCCCUCUGAGCCCUAGUUCUUCCCUGGGCUGGCA